GGAGUUACUAUAUGUCUCACACAAUUUUACUGGUUCAGCCUACCAGAUGGCCAGAGGGCAGGACUUACGCUCAUUAUGAAUCUCUGAAUGAAUGCAUGGAAGGAGUUUGUAAAAUGUAUGAAGAACACCUGAAGAGAAUGAAUCCCAACAGUCCCUCAAUCACCUAUGAUAUUAGCCAGUUAUUUGAUUUCAUUGAUGAUUUGGCUGAUCUCAGCUGCCUUUUUUAUUGUGCUGAUACUCAUACAUACCAGCCCUACAAUAAAGACUGGAUAAAGGAGAAGAUCUGUCUCCUCUACAGAUAAGCUCAGCAAGCAAGCAAAUAA